AUGGGAGGCUCACUAUCGCGCAUUUGGUCCUUGCUGUGGUCCAAGAAGGAGAUUCGCAUCCUGAUUCUCGGACUUUUCCGUGGCGCGGGGAAGCCUGUUCUCAUCGGGAUGAUAUGGACACUAAUUGUAUUCCCUCGGGGCAUUCAGGAUAAUGCUGGAAAGACUACUCUGCUGUACAGGCUCAAGAUCGGCGAGGUCGUCACCACUAUACCUACAAUCGGUUUCAAUGUCGAAUCGGUCACAUACAAGAAUCUGAAUCUCAACGUCUGGGAUCUCGGUGGCCAAACGUCUAUUCGCCCGUACUGGCGAUGCUACUAUGCUAAUACCGCUGCCGUGGUAUUUGUAAUCGACUCGACGGAUAUUGAGCGGCUCGGAACCGCAGCAGAUGAGCUCGCAGCCAUGUUGAAUGAGGAGGAACUUCAAGAUGCGGCACUUUUGGUGUUUGCCAACAAACAAGAUCAGCCGGGUGCCAAGGGCGCAGGCGAGAUUUCAGAAGCUUUGAAGUUGGGAGAGCUUCGGGACCGAAACUGGAGUAUCGUCGCUUGCUCCGCCAUUGAUGGCAAAGGAAUUAAUGAGGGAAUGGAUUGGCUGGUGCAAACGAUCCAAUCGGAGAAUGCAUGA